AAGUGCGCACUCCUCAGGGUGUGAAUGAGACACGUCCUCGCCACCUCAGACCCUGAUGUAGCAUUAGCGAACUGAGCUUGCGACAAAUGGCCGUCUGCUUUCUGUCUUUGUGUGGGAAAAAAGCGAUCCAUUUAGGUACUUUACCGACAAAACUCUGCAGAGUCAGCACUCGUAUUGGCUUCUCCAGCACCGCUGCAGAGAGGCGCACUACGGGAGACGACUGCCACAAUGACGAUGGUGAUGAUGAGCAGAGUCUCUCUGUAACACAUGUCAGGAUGUUGGAGAUGAAAGCCAAUAAGCUGGAGGAGCAGGUCCGGGAUCUCACUCAACGUUACAAAAGAGCCUUGGCUGACUCGGACACCGUUCGGAGAAGAACUCAGAAGUUUGUGGAGGACGCAAAGACCUUUGGAAUUCAAAGUUUCUGCCGUGACCUAGUGGAGGUGGCUGACCUGCUGGACAAUGCUGCAGGAGGCAUGAACGUCGUACAGGGCACUCAGAAUCUGACUGAAAUAAAGGACAAACUGCAGCAGGUGUUUACCAAGCAUGGGCUGGAGAAGAUGAGUCCUGUGGGCGGUGCAUACGACCCUUACCAGCAUCAGAUAGUGUGCCAUACGCCAGCUGAAGGACUCGAACCCGGUACCAUUGCCACUGUGAAGCUAGACGGUUACACGCUGCAUGGGCGCACUAUUCGCCAUGCAAGUGUGGGGAUCGCUGUGAAAACGCAGGACUCUUGAUUACUCUCAAAUAACUUUGUAUUGACUUAACUCUUGUCCUUUUUCUGCUUUCAUCCAAACUAUUGAUCCCCUAGAGCAAGGGUGUCCAAUCUUAUCCAGAAAUGGCCAGUGUGGGGGCAGGUUUUCAUUCCAACCAAGCAGAAGCUACACCUGAUUCCAACUGUCUAAUCAACUGAUCUUGGCUUUCAGUAGACUCAGGUGUGGCUUCUGCUCAGUUGGAAUGAAAACCUGCACCCACACCGGCCCUUUUUGGAUAAGAUUGGACACCCCUGCCCUAGAGGAAAUUUGGGAAUAUGUAUGUGUGCGCGCACACGCACACUAUAUGUAAAUAUAAAUAUAGCAUUUUUGAAACACUGCAUCAUAACAUUUGCCUCGGAUAAUCAGAGCACACGUGGGCGAUGACGAGUACAAGUGUGAACGGGGUCGAAGGCAUCUUUUGGAGGUGGUGUGAGAUGCACUGGCCGCGUUUCAUUUAUAAUGCGAACGCCAACGUAGCCUGAUCCGCCCCUGACGACCUCAGUAAACUGCCCAGUGUUGGCAGGUUCACUAUUUUCAUACUGAAUUGAGCUACACGGACAUGCUGUUCAUGUCUAUAACAGGCUGAUUUUUUUUUUUUUCUUUCUCCCCCCAUCGCUUGAAUGUGUUGCUAACAAUAUAUUUAUUUAAUCUCUAUUUCUAAUCUAUACACGUUCAUACCAGCCACGCAGAUCUCCUAAUAUGCAUGCAAUUUUCAUGCCAUUCACAAAAUAAGCUUCGUUUCUUGAUCGUGUCUGAAGAUUGGUCCACGCAUUCACAUAGCUCUGUUUUUCCUUUUAUUAAAUGAAAAGAUGUUAUCAGAUGAUUUUAGCUUCUUGGUGCCAAAUUAAAUAGGGCCUAUGAUGCUUGUUCAUUUGUGUAGUUUACAAUAAGGUUUUAUUUUUAAUUUAUUGCAGUCUACAGGUUUGAUUCUUGAACAUAUUGUUUUGUUACGUUUUGUAUUAUCCCUUUUUUUUAUAUAUAUAAUUUUUAUUUUUUGUGGUUCAUUUGGUACUGAAAAUAAGACAGUAUUUGUGUAUAUAUAUAUAUGAGGGAAAAAAAAGAGGCCAAUCCUUCUGAAAACUGGCUUAUAUUUAUUUCUACCUUAAAUUGAAACUAGCGUCACUCACUGGACCUUGUUUAUUUUUGGGAUAACCCCCCCCCCUUAGUUAUCAAAAAGUUAAACACCCCCUUGUUAGUAUUAAUACAAAGGCUUGCACUAUGGUGAUAUUUCUAUUUAGGAGAAUAUUUCCCCUCUAUAUGAUGGAAGAAGAAGGACAAAAUGAGUAAUGAUGCUUUAUACUGACAAUUUGUAAACAUUUAUGGUUUUGUGCCUUAAUGAUGGAUCAGGAUUGUCAGAAUAACACACCUUAGCGUUUGCUUGAUGAAUAAUCGUCUAGCUUCGAACAUACGGUGCACCUUACAUUGGUAUAUGAAGUCCACACGAGGUAGAGAAAAACCCUGUUUGUUUAUAUUUAUAUUUUAACUUAUGCAAUCUUUAAGUUUUACAGUCUGGUGUAGUUCACAGUCCAGUGUGGAUUAGACUUUGCCUGAAGUUGCAUAUGGGAAAUUUGUAUUUUGUGUGCAUGAUAUCAGUGAUGUAUGACAUGUUUCUCACUCAUUAUUUUUUUUGUUUGUUAAAGUAAUAUUAAAAUGUAAAACGGCGUGUAA